GGAUCAUCUUCGGUUUUUCGGCGAAACUGCGAAAUCUUCUACCCAACCGGCAACUUUUUAUUGUCAGGAUUUUAGAUAGCAUCAACCACCUGCUAUCGUCAUUAAAAAAUGGUCAGGCCAAAGCGCCAGUCGAAGCGGACACCGGUCCGUUUGCGCCACAAGAUUGAGAAAGCGAGCGCAGCAAAACAACGGAAACAGCGAAAGGAAGCCAAAAAUAACCCGCAAUGGAGGUCGCGUCUCAAGAAAGACCCCGGAAUCCCGAACUUGUUUCCAUACAAGGAUAAACUUCUUCACGACAUUGAAGAAAAGAAAAGAUUAAAAGAGGAGGAGAUUGCCAGGAAACGAGAGGAGGCUAAAGCUCGCAGACAAGGCCUGGCUGAAAAUGCUGAGGAAGUUGGAGAGGAAAUGGAUGAUGAGCCUAUGGCUGAAGAGGACGAGGCGUUCUCUGCGGACGAGAUGAUCGAGGAUGACGAUGGCGAUUCCAAUCCAAUGGCCGCGCUUCUUGCGUCUGCUAAAGCGCGUGCGGCUGAGUACGUGCAGGACCACGGCAUCGAUGAUGCGAGUGAAAUGGACGAAGACGAGGAAGCCGGAUGGGAUGGCCUCGGAUAUGAUGACGAUGGAGCACCGGUCAUGUCAGCACCUGCGACAAGGAAAGAUUCGUCACGCAGAGCAUUUGACAAGGUAUUCAAACAAGUUGUUGAGGCAGCUGACGUUGUGCUCUACGUUCUUGAUGCACGCGAUCCAGAGGGUACCCGAUCAAAGGAAGUAGAACGCAUGGUUAUGGCUGCCGAAGGAGGAGAGAAACGCCUCAUUCUCAUCAUGAACAAGAUUGAUCUUAUUCCACCAAAUGUACUGAAAGCAUGGAUGACCCAUCUACGACGAUAUUUCCCAACGCUCCCUCUCCGCGCUUCGAAUCCCGCACCUAAUGCGCACACGUUCAAUCACAAACAGCUUACUGUCAAAGGAACUUCGGAAGCCCUUUUCAAGGCCCUGAAGUCCUACUCCAACUCGAAGCAAUUGAAACGUUCUAUUUCAGUUGGCGUUAUCGGAUAUCCCAAUGUUGGAAAAUCCUCGGUAAUCAACGCCCUCACUUCGCGUUUGGGCGCAAGGGCGUCCGCGUGCCCAACAGGUGCUGAGGCAGGAGUCACAACCAGUCUGCGCGAAGUAAAGCUUGAUAGCAAACUUAAGCUGCUCGACUCCCCUGGAAUAGUGUUUCCAUCCUCUACUGAAGCAUCCAAGGCUUCGAAGGUCGAUGAGCAGGCUCGCCUUGUGCUCUUGAACGCGGUGCCUCCAAAGCAGAUUGAAGACCCUGUGCCAGCUGUCUCUUUGUUGCUUCGCAGGCUGUCUUCGUCGCAAGAACUUUUCCAGAAGCUCCUUGACGUGUAUGGUUUACCUCCUUUGAUGAGCUUUGGCGGCGACGUUACGACAGAUUUCUUAACCCAAGUUGCGCGAAAACGGGGACGUCUCGGUAAAGGCGGGAUUCCGAACUUGAACAGCGCUGCAACCACGGUGAUCACCGACUGGAGAGAUGGUAGAAUUCAAGGAUGGAUCGAAGCACCCACCCUUCAAAUGGUCGCUGCCCCUCCUGCCGGCUCGGAGAUUAAGGAAGGUCAGGCUGAUGAAGUCGUUCCUGACCAGAAGGAGAUUGUCACUGAGUGGGCUAAAGAGUUUCAGCUUGAGGGACUGUGGGGCGAUGGCGAUGGUAAUAGUGCAGAAGAGACGAUGCAGUGAUAAAAUGCGAGAUUCUACAAGAUGCACUUUUUCGGGCGUUAGGCGUGGUGGGCAGAGGUCAUCCGAACCGAACUGAAGGCUGAUGUGAAUAGCUAGGGCAAGACUAAACAGAUUGU